CCGAUAAGUCGAACAACUAGCGGAAGUACGGUUAAAGAGAACACAUUUGUUAGAAGUUUGUUAGCUAGCUGACUAGCAUUACCAUAUGUUUACGUUGAAAAUACAAGAAAAUAGUUUAUUUACAUAAAGAUUAAUUCGGCUUUUUACCUUGACUGGUUAGUCCUCUUGGGCUAACUUGAUAGUUUAUCUACGAGCGGACAAAGAAAGAGUUUGUCAGGAUGGAUCCAGCUCUGUUAAGGGAGAGGGAGCUGUUCCAAAAGAGAGCUCUUUCCACUCCAGCUGUAGAGAAAAGGCAAGCUGCUUCAGACUCUGGAUCUCACAAGAAGAAGAAACCCAAAGUAGAGAAGGAGAGCUCCUCUGGAUCCAAAAACAGCUCUGAAUCUGCAAAUGGAAACAUCAACAUCAAGGCAAGCUCUGGGUACAAGUUCGGCUGCCUGGCCAAGAUUGUCAACUACAUGAAGACGAGGCAUCAAAAUGGUGACACACACUUUCUGACCCUUGAUGAGAUCCUGGAUGAGACCAAACUUCUUGACAUCAGUAUGAAACAGAAACAAUGGCUGAUGACUGAGGCCUUGGUAAGCAACCCAAAAAUUGAGGUUCGUGAUGGAACGUAUGGUUUUAAGCCAAAAUACAACCUGAAGGACAAGAAAGCCCUACUGAGGCUGCUGGACAAACAUGACCAGCUGGGCCUGGGAGGAGUUCUGCUGGAUGAUGUGGAGGAGGGACUCCCUAAUUCAGCCAAGGCUAUCAAGGCUUUGGGGGAUCAGAUCGUCUUCGUAACAAGACCAGACAAGAAAAAGAUCCUGUUCUACAAUGACAAGCAUUGCCAGUUUGUGGUAGAUGAAGAAUUUCAGAAGCUGUGGAGGAGCGUACCAGUGGACUCCAUAGAUGAAGAGAAAAUUGAGGAAUACUUGAAAAAACAGGGCAUCUCUUCCAUGCAAGAGACUGGACCAAAGAAAGUGAUGCCAGUUCAAAAGAGAAAGAAGCAAAGCGGGCAGAGGAAGAGGCAAUUUAAAACCCAUAACAACCAUCUGCAAGGAGUUUUGGAGGAUUACUCGGAUGGUGUGCCUUCUAAGAAGUGAAACGGCUCGCUGUGGUCGGAGGUGGCUGGAGAUUAAGUUGCUGGCUUUAUGAUACAGACUUAUUAUUGCGGUUCAGUAAAAAAAAAAAAAUCCUGUGUUACUUUACUUUCAUUCCCUCUAAGGAUCAGUAAUCAUUCAUUACAUGGAGCCAGUAGCAGCAGUGUUAUGGAAUGCCUCUGAUUCACUGGUUAAUCAAACAGGACUCUGAAGAGUUUUGAUAUGUAAGCACACUGAAGACUAACCAGCAGUGGGCACAUCAUCCAUACAGAUGAAAUGUAUAUUGGUCAAAGAUGUAUCAAUAUUACUUUGAUUUUAUUUAGAGUAAAGAAGUGUUUUGAAA